AUGGCGGAGCGGCUCGAGGCUCGCCGGCUCAGUGCGGGCUGCGUUGCUUUGUCAUAAACCCAGCCACGGUUUCCCGAUCCUUCCUCUCCCGAGUGUUGGCGCGCCCUCCACCCCUCGGCCGUUCUAGAUCUAAACAGGGGAUGUCUCUACGCUGCGGGGGCGCCGCCCGCACCCUAGGGCCCCGGGUAUUUGGAAGAUAUUUAUACAGCCCAGUCAGAGCAUCGCAUUCCUUGCCAGAUAAAAAAAGGGAGUUUUUACAGAAUGGACCAGACCUUCAAGAUUUUGUAUCUGGCGACCUUGCAGACAAAAGCACCUGGGAAGAAUAUAAAGGAAACUUAAAACGCCAGAAAGGAGAAAGGUGUGCGAGGAAGCGCGGUGUCCCAACAUCGGCGAGUGCUGGGGAGGUGGAGAGUACGCCACGGCCACCGCCACGAUCAUGGAAUCCAGAAAUUCUCGUGGAAUGUCUCACCCCUGAUUUCCGAGGAGAUCUUAAAGCAAUAGAAAAAGUCGCUCUUUCAGGAUUAGACGUGUAUGCGCAUAACAUCGAAACUGUUCCAGAGUUGCAGAGGAAAGUCCGCGACCCCCGGGCCAAUUUCGACCAGUCUCUCCGUGUGCUGAGACACGCCAAGGAGGUCCAGCCUGAGGUUAUUUCUAAAACAUCGAUCAUGCUGGGUUUAGGCGAGACCGAUGAGCAAGUAUACGCAACCAUGAAAGCUCUCCGGGAGGCCAACGUGGACUGUCUGACCUUAGGACAAUACAUGCAGCCCACGAGGCGCCACCUUAAGGUUGAGGAGUAUAUUACUCCCGAGAAGUUCAAAUGCUGGGAGAAAGUAGGAAAUGAGCUUGGAUUUCAUUACACUGCCAGCGGCCCUUUGGUGCGGUCUUCAUACAAAGCAGGUGAAUUUUUCCUGAAAAAUCUAGUGUCUAAAAGAAAAACAAAAGCCCUCUAAAACUUAGACGAGACCUCCAUGAUCACAGAGAUUUUCAGAUUUGAUCCCAGCUGAUGACAGAGGUGACGCCGUGGGCCUCGACUUCAGUGGCUGUGCCCCACUUUUCCUGCUUUAAGAAUGUCAAUAAACUGUACAUAUUUCAUGAAGUUACUCAGCUGGCUUUUGGAAUACCAUCUCUGUUCCAAUAAACAGUUGCUUGCGGUGA